CCCCGAAACCGAGCCCGAAGGCGCAAGUCCCAAAAUGGACUACCAGAACCGCGCAGGCUCGAAAUUCGGCGGCGGCGGCGUCGCCUCGCACAGCGCGACAAACGCCGACCGGCGCGAGCGGCUCCGCAAACUGGCCCUCGAGACCAUCGACCUGGACAAAGACCCAUACUUCUUCAAGAACCACGUGGGCUCGUUCGAAUGCCGGCUAUGCCUGACGGUCCACCAGAACGACGGCUCCUACCUGGCGCACACGCAGGGCCGCAAGCACCAGACGAACCUGGCGCGGCGCGCGGCGCGCGAGCAGCGCGAGGGCAAGAACCAGGACCCGUCGGCGCUGCCGGGGGCGAUGGGCGUGCAGGUGAAAAAACAGACCAUCAAGAUUGGCCGACCGGGGUACAAGAUCACCAAGAUCCGCGACCCGCUGACGCGGCAGCUGGGGAUGCUGUUCCAGCUCCAGUACCAGGAGAUCACGCCGGGGGUGACGCCCCGAGUCAGAUUUAUGUCGGCGUUCGAGCAGAAGGUGGAGGAGCCGCCGGACAAGAGUUUUCAGUAUUUGGUCAUCGCGGCGGAGCCGUAUCAGUCCUGUGCGUUUAAGCUGCAGGCGAGGGAGAUUGAUCGGCGCGAGGGACGGUAUUGGACGUGGUUUGAUGAGGACAGUAAAGAGUUCUGGGUGCAGAUUAUGUUCAAGACGGAGCGCGAGGAGCGGUAUUCCGGUGUGCCGGGUUUGGCGCCUCUGGAGCCGAAUGCUUGAGCUUUGUGUUUUUUUUUGUUUCGUUUGGGUUCGGUGACUUGGGUGAUGCUGGUGUUUGUGGACCAGGUUUUCUUUCUUCUCUCUCAAAAUGCAUGUAUCAUCUCUAGCUUCUGGGUGGCGUUCUAUUUCAAGGGUUACUCUUUUCUCAGAUAUUCAGACAUUAGCAGCAACAACACAAUGAUCCAUAUCGAGCUUAUCAUGGUCC